AUGCCAACUAGCUUCCUCGAGCUCCCGGGGGGAAUCCGCAACAAGAUCUAUGGCUAUGUCCUAUUGAAGCCAGGCGCUAUAAACCUUGGCUUCAAAGAAUUCGUCAUUCCUUGCUAUGAUCUGAGACAACGUACUCUAUACGACUGGUGGCUAAUACGCACAUUUGACGAGCUACACAUUCUUGAUCUCAACCUCUUCCAGAGAGAGCAUGUUAUGGUUCAGUUCCGAUACACUCAGGGGGAACCUCUGCCAGGUGGGCAUAUCGACGGUAUCCAUGAAACACUCAAACAGAAGCAAAAGCACUGUACGAACUUGAAAACUCUCAUGACAUCUCCUUAUCGUUCUCAAGCUCUGGAUCAGAGGCUCAAGCCUGGACACAACUCGGAGGAUGACAUCAGAGAACUUCUGGAAUGGACAGAUGUCCUAUUUCGACCUAUCCCAUCGCUUCGGGAGAUUGUUGUGAGGGUUAGGAGACGGAAUUGUCCCGCGAAAGGGCACCGCUACAACAGGAUCGGUUUUUGGAGUCGGAGAAGGAGAGACUUGGGUGGAGACUUGAAAACAUUACGGAUCCAGCGCCAGCUGAAGAGGAAGAUGAAGAUGAAGACUGGUCCUGGUGAUCGAGGUGAUGAACACGAAUUGAUGUCAAAGUCGAAAACGAGUGCCUAG